AUGACGAACUGCCCAAAACUACCAGAGAACGAUGGAUUCUCGGCUUGUGAUAUGAUCUUCCCAAACGUGGUGCUCCGCAAGAAAUCUACUUCGUCGGGGUCAAGAGCCUCAAUCAUAGACUCGAUUCUUUUGGGUAACAAGAUUCAUGCAUCAUGUAAGAAGGCAUACUUUGAUCGUUUGGAGAAUAAAGUACAUGUUGGCGCUUGGAGAAACAUUGACCAUUUCUUGGUGACUAAUAAUGGCGGUAGUUAUAAGACUACAAAUCACCAAUACAAGAUUGUCUUCAUUCCCACCACUGACAUCGCUCCUUCAACACUGCAAGAGGAAAACAUGUUCCUUAGUUUGGUUGACUUUGAAAGCAUUCAAAGUGGAAAACUUGAUACAGCCAACUUAAUUGAUGUUAUUGGACAAGUGUUUGAGUUGGGAGAUCUGGAAACUGUGCAGUGUCACGUGAUCAAACGAUACCUUGCUGCCUUUGGGGAAAGUUUGCUGAAGCAAUACACAGUUUCAGCCAACAAGCUGAAGAAGAAAUUGUUGUAUGCCUACUACGUUUUGCUAAAAUCGGGACCUAUCGAAUUUCAGUCUGCUGAUGAUCGAUUCUCAUUUAAUGACCAAGCUCUCACUCCCGAUUUUUUAAACACCAUCAAGGCUUCUGGUCUUCCAAAUCAUAGCAUUCGUUUCAAAAUCGGUUGUCCUGUGAUGCUGCUUAGAAACAUCGAUCAUACAAACAGACUGAUGAAUGGCACUAGACUCCAGAUUACAGAGAUGGAUGAUUUAAUGGUAAAGGCGAAAGUGAUCACAGGAGAAAAGGUGGGAAAAACUGUGAUCAUUCCUAGAAUUUCUAUAACACCAUCAGAUAAGAAAUUGCCUUUCAAGAUGAGGAGGAGGCAGCUCCCUAUUGCAGUUGCAUUUUCUAUUACAAUAAAUAAGAGUCAGGGUCAAUCACUAUCUCAUGUUGGUUUGUAUCUUCAAAGAGAUGUCUUCUCUCAUGGACAACUAUAUGUGGCUGUGUCCAGGGUUACAUCAAAAAAAGGAUUGAAGAUUUUAAUUGUUGACGAUGAAGGAAAGCCUAAGAGGGAGACAAAGAAUGUUGUUUUCAAAGAGAUUUUUCAGAAUCUCUAA